GACCCAUUCAUUCAUUCACUCAUUUCAAAACAGUCAAGUAAACUCUAGAAUACAUUUUAAACGUCUCUUAUACCGUGCCGCCAUCUAUAUAGAAAAGGCCAGACAUUACGAGAAUGCCACCAAGCUACCAGCCGGCGACCCUCGCCAUCCACGCCGACGAUGUCUGCAGCAAUACGACAGAUGUGGCACCGCCAAUACAUUUGUCCACCACCUACCGCUACCCCUCUGAUCCCCUUCAACUCAUCCCCUCCCCAGAAGCGGAUGAAGAACUCACACCCGAGGUUCUUGGUACAGAUGCGCCACUAGUGUACUCCCGUCUCGCCGCCCCUAAUGCCAGCCGCCUCGAAACUGCGCUCGCAUCACUCCUCUUUCCUAGCUUUACCGCAACUUCCACCACGAAGCUAUCCACCAAUGUCGUGGUGUACGCUAGUGGCCUUGCGGCGUUUCAUGCCUUAUUGGUGAGCGUGGUUCCCAAGGUCAUUGCCGUCUCAGGCGGAUAUCACGGGUGCCAUGGAGUCAUUUCUCUACAUAAGAAGAUGCAUGGUGUAAAGACGGUUGAUCUGCAUGCCAGCGAAGAGGAAUGGGAUAAAGCUGGCCUAGGGAAAGGAGAUCUGGUUCACCUAGAAACGCCGCUCAAUCCUACCGGUGAGUCAUAUGAAAUUGAGAAGUACGCAAAGCGUGCCCAUGCUCGAGGCGCGUUGUUGAGUGUCGACUCGACGUUUGGCCCGCCGCAGUUGCAAGAUCCGUUCGCCUGGGGCGCCGAUAUAGUCAUGCACUCCGGGACAAAGUAUGUCGGGGGUCACUCCGACAUGCUCUGUGGAAUCCUGGCUGUAAAGCCGGGCGUCGAGGGCGACAAGAGGGCUCUUGAGAUGAGACUAGAGAGGUUGUUCCUUGGAGGCGUCAUGGGCAACCUCGAAGGCUGGCUUGGAAUCCGGAGUCUCAGGACAAUGGAAUUGCGAGUAAAGAGACAGAGCAAGAAUGCGGAUAAUCUAGUCGCCUGGCUCGACGGUUGUAUUAGGGGAUCGAUCACAGGAGAAGAAGCUGAUUUGGUGAAGCACCAUGUGGUGAAAGUCACCCAUUCCAGCCUCCAGAAGGAUAGCUAUUUGGCGCAGCAGAUGCCAAACGGCGGGCCUGCGGUGUUUGCUAUAUGGUUGGCGGACUCAACUGCUGCUAGGUCACUCCCUAGCAAGCUAAAACUAUUCCAUCAUGCCACGAGCCUCGGCGGUGUAGAGUCACUGAUCGAGUGGCGGCGGAUGAGCGACAACACAGUCGAGGAUACGAUGUUACGGGUGAGUAUAGGUAUUGAGGAUUGGAAUGAUCUGCGGUUUGAUUUCAUUGAGGGACUGAAGGCAAUGGACACCAAGUAGGAUAUUCAGAUACUGACGAGUACCUUGGAAGACCUAUACCUCGAUAUUCUAGGUCUUUCUCAGACUUCAUCAACAUAGAUCAUGUUUGGCGUCUUUAUUUCCCUGACUUUCAUCGUAUCCUGCCGAACUUCAAUAGUGUUCUGAACCUGUACAGGACUAUUCCCUGGGAGCCAGUUUUCAUAUUCAAGAGCCGAGGGGUCUUGCGAUAGGCUUUCGUGAUCGGCCUUCCUCAGACUUUUCAUUUUAGCUGCAGGUCCAUGAUCUCGAUAAGAUCGUAGCAUUCUCCAAGCCAGUUUCUCGGCAC